AUGGAUUUCCAUAACGCCCAAGAAUCCGCGGAAUCCGUAUCCGGCGCCUUUUUCCGCAACGCUUCGGCAUCCCGCGUCGACACGGAUGCGGUCAUCUUUGACACCAUCUCGAAUGCCCAUCCCGGCAUUCCCAUCACCAUCGUCCCCGAAUUCAAUUGUAACUUGAAAGCGUACGCCGCAGCAGGGCAGGCGUCAAUCGAAGUGCUCCAACAAAACAACAUCGACCCCAAAAUCUGGCCGGACUCGCUCAGAUGGACCUUCUUCGUCCCGCCAAGCAGGCGCAUGGACGGCGGCAAUGGUAUUGUCGCCGAGGAGGCCUUCUUCGAGAGCUACAUCUACAAGUGGGAGCAUCUGACAUUUCUCGUGUACUUUGCCGAUGGUAGAGACGGAUCCAUGUCGUAUCCGCAGAUUCGGAACCAGUAUAUCCUGGGCGACAAGGCCGCAGCGCAAACGUUGGUGGCCACCGUGGGACGCUGGGGAUCUGUCUUGCACGACGAGAUUUGGGUCUUCAACCAGGGAUACUGGCAGAAGGAUCCUCUCCUGUACCGGAGCAUUUUGAAAUCUCGCUGGGAGGAUGUGAUUCUCGACAAGAAAUUCAAGGAUGACCUCCGAGAUACUGUGCAACGGUUCUUCGAUUCGAGGGAUGAGUACAGCCGCCUCCGCGUCCCCUGGAAACGCGGCGUCAUCUUUUAUGGUCCUCCAGGGAAUGGCAAGACUAUUUCGAUCAAGGCCACUAUGCACUCUCUGUACAGCCGGGACCCGCCCGUACCGACACUCUAUGUCAAGUCCCUAGUCAGCUUCUUCCCGCCCGAAUACAGCAUCGACACAAUCUUCCAGAAGGCCCGACAGGAGGCACCCUGCUACCUGGUCUUCGAAGAUCUCGACAGCCUCGUCACCGACCGAGUGCGCAGCUUCUUCCUCAACGCGGUGGACGGCCUCUCUGAAAACGACGGCAUCUUCAUGAUCGGCAGCACCAACCACCUGGAGAGAUUGGAUCCGGGUAUUGCCAAGCGCCCGUCCCGGUUCGAUAGGAAGUAUCUGUUCGACAACCCCAACUUCCAGCAGCGCGUCAAGUAUUGCCAGUUCUGGCAGAAGAAGUUGAGCGACAACAAGGACAUUGAGUUCCCGGACGAGAUCUGUACCGCCGCCGCCAAGAUCACCGAUGACUUUUCCUUCGCGUAUAUCCAGGAGGCGUUUGUGUCUGCGCUGCUGGAAAUUGCGCAGGACAAGGACAGCGACUGCGCAGGAAAACUAUCUGUGACAGACGCUAGGAUGGUGGAAGAGCUGCAGGAACAGUGGGAUCUAUUGGAGAUCGAAAGCGAAGACUCCAUGGUGUCAGCAAAGAAGGAAAAGGACUUGGAUGACUAUCUUCUGUGGAGAAAGCUGAAGCAACAAAUCGAUCUCUUGAGGAAGCAGAUUUCGAAGGACAACCCGGCCACUGUGCAGGAGACUUAG